GAGAGAGUAGAGAUGAAGAAACAGUUAUCCACAACUGCUAGUGAUCUCCUUCAGAAAUGUGCAGAAGUUCUGAACACAUCAGAGGAUGCUCUCAUCAAUGAGUUCGACAAGAGCUUGAAAGCCUCCGUAGAUAACUGCUCAAGAAGCUUUGUUGAGUUCUGCAGCUCUAAAGCAAUUGAAAAACUUUGCUGCGAAAUUGGAGAGAAAAUUAGCCAUGGAAAAUUUACCCGUUUCACCUUUGAUAUGAUGCUGGCAUGGCAGUUCCCAAGCAACAAAGAUGAAGAGUACUCCUAUUCAGUUUAUGAAGGUAUUGGAAAGGAAAGGGAAGAUAGAAAGAAAGUUCUGCAAGGAAAUCCAGGCCAGAUCCAUGAUGAUAUUCCCCUCUUCUAUUCUGACAUAAUGCCACUUCUAGUGGAUGAAGAAAAUAAUGUUGGUGAAGACUCAUUUGUAUGGUUGGGAUGUGUUCUUCCAUUGGCCGCCGAUGUCGUAAAUGCUCGAUUUGUAUUCGAGACACUUACCGCGCCCACGGCAAGCCGACUUCACUAUCCGGCUUACGAUAGGUUUCUCAAAGAGAUAGACAAAUAUAUUAAGUACCUGCAAAAACAAAGACCACCGACAGGAUAUGAAUUUGCAGCAGAUGAAUUCAUACUGCAUGUAGAAGGGACUGGAAUGACUCAACGGGUGGUUCGUCACAUAGGCGAAACAAGUUGGCCAGGCAGACUUACACUAACAAAUCUGGCACUCUAUUUUGAGGCCUCGAAGUCAAUUUCAUAUGACAAUGCCUUAAAAAUUGAUCUUUCAAGCGCCGAAGCAGAUCAUCAAGUGAGAGCAACAUCUACUGGACCUUUUGGCGCUCCCUUCUUUGAUAGAGCUAUAACAUAUGAGUCUUCAUUACUCAGAUCAGAACCAUUGACACUAGAGUUCCCAGAGAUGGCCAGUUCGACUCGACGAGAUCAUUGGUUUGCGCUUAUAAAUGAAGUCAUAAAAAUGCAUAAAUUCAUAUCAAAACUCAGGGAUGAGUUCUCUGAAACAGAGACAUGUUUUCAAGUUUGGGAAGUGCAAGCCAGAACUAUUUUGGGGAUAAUGAGGCUUCAUGCAGCAAGGGAAAUGCUUCGAAUGGCUCCUCCUCCUCCCAUCAACUUCUUAAUCUUCACUUUGCUUGAUGAAGUUCCCAAAGGGGAUUAUGUGUUGGAAGAACUGUAUAAUAGCUUGAAGAAGUCAGAAGUAAUAGGUGCUUGCAGUGCUGCCUCCAUACUUAAGAGCUUGAAUAUUGGGAGUCCAGUUGUUUGUGGAAUGAAAGCAAAAGAAGGCGUUGAGAUAACACCAAGAAGGGGAGAAGCGGAAUCAUUAGCAAUGCUAGAGCCAGCCAUUGAGCAAGUGAGAGAGGAAGCGAAGGAGGCGAGCAUUGCCAAGGCUACUCUAGAGAAGAUUAAAGAUGAGGGGAUCAUAGAUAGCAUUAUUUUGCUGGGGGAGCUACUAAGUCCACUUAAAAAUCUACUCCCAUUUCUCCAAAGAAUCAUUUCAUGGGAAAAGCCUGCACUCACUUUCUCUACAUUUGUCAUAGCUCUCCUCACCAUAUACAAAGAAUGGUUCGGUCCGGCCCUCGCUGCCCUCCUGCUGUUCGCCGUCGGAAUGAUGCUAUGGGUCAGGCACAAAAGGCUUGGAGAGCUACCUAUAGAGGUUGUCAUCUCCCCACCCUCAGAAAAAUCAACACUUGAAAGUAUAGUAUCAGCUCAGCACAGCCUUAAUAACUUUGAUGCAAUGGUUAAGACAACAAACAUCACCAUUCUCAAAAUCAAAUCUAUAUUUGUAUCGAAGACACCGAAGCAUUCAAAUAUGGCAAUGAGUGGGCUUAGUGUAGUUGCAUUUUUGCUGAUGAUGGUGCCAUUCAGGCUUGUUCUGAUAGGAUUUGCUACAUAUAUUUUCAUGCCUAAGCUGAACAAAACAGGGAAAAGGAAUAGCAGUCAAGGAAAUAGAAGGCUGAAAGAGUGGUGGGAGACUAUACCAGUUACUCCAGUUCGCAUAGUCAGCGAGUCUUGAUUAGAUCUAUGAAAUAUUUCUUUUCUAUAAGUUUACAAAA